ACUGUUCAGUUAUUCAGUUCAUACGUCUACAUUAAUUAUCCGGACUUAAAUGCGGAUUUGGUUCUAAAUUUAGGAGAAACAACAUGGCGACUUCGGUAGAGAGAUGGAUGUGUGACGAGCUUUCGAAGCUCGGUUUGCCGGCUUCAGAGGAUAAUGCAAAGUACAUUUUAAGCAUUGGAAAUGCAGGAGAGAUCCAGGAAUAUAUGUUGGAGCUGUUAGAUGGAUCUGAUCCUAGAGUUAGAACAUUCAUCAGUCAGCUGAUACAGAAAUGGAGACCACAAGAAAAACCUCCUGAUAAUAUCACUGUUUACCGCAAAUCUGAUCAGGACGAGGAGUACAUCAGUGGUAAAAAAUCAGCAAAGCCUUCAAAGAACAACAGUGCUUCUCAACCACUUGUCAGUCAAACUGAAACAAUACAGGCAGAUCAGUCAAAUCAAGAAUCAAGGAAAAAGAAAUUUAUACCACUGUUUAGUCAGGAAGGACAAGCUAAAUCUGUGAUAAAAUUAACAGGCAGACAUUCUUGUGAAUGUCAAGCCACAAAACACAAGCUGAUUUCCAAUUGUGUGAGGUGCGGGCGGAUAGUGUGUGAGCAGGAGGGGUCAGGGCCGUGCCUCUUCUGUGGCAAUCUGGUGUGUACCAAGGAGGAACAGGAAGUGCUUGAUCGUGGAUCUCGGAAGAGUGAGCAGUUACGACAGCGACUGAUGAAGGAUCGGGGACAGGAUGAUUACGAGAAAGCCGUACAGCACAAAAACAAACUGUUGGAGUUUGACAAAACCAGUGUCAGAAGAACACAGGUUAUAGAUGACGAAUCAGACUACUUCUCAACAGACAACCGCUGGUUAAGUAAAACAGAAAAAGCAAAGUUAAAGAAACGAGAGGAAGAGUUACGAGCCCAGCGUCACGCAUCAAGAAAGGACAGGAAAAUUAUGCUGGACUUUGCGGGCCGCCAAGUGAUAGAAGAAAGCAAUACAGCAGGAAUGAACAUGUAUGAUGUCAAUGAUGAUGUCAUCCAGGAAAUUCACUAUGGAGCAAAAUCAAAAGCUCCUCCCACACAGCCAGGAAAUCUCACUGAUUUAGUCAACCCCAGCAUCAAUGUACCAGGCCCAAAGUUUGUAGCAAGUGCUAUGGAGACACCUGCUGUAGGUAGACCACAUAAAAAGGAGGGGGAGACAAGAAGGGAAGGUCUACGACUUCAAGACAGAGAAUUACAGGAAAUGUCUGAUGAAGGCAUGUGUUUGAGCAUGCAUCAACCUUGGGCCUCAUUGCUUGUCAAAGGCAUCAAAUGUCAUGAGGGUAGGACCUGGUACACUGCUCACCGUGGGAGACUUUGGAUAGCAGCCACGGCCAAACCGCCCGCCCCAGAGGAGGUAGCAGAGGUGGAGCAGUUCUACAGAUACCUGUACAAAGACCCCCACCUGCAGGGCCCCACUCACUACCCGGUCGGCUGUCUGUUAGGCUGUGUGGACUUGACUGACUGUCUCCCUCAGGAUGAAUACAGAGAAAAGUUUCCAGAGGGUGAAUCAGCGUCUUCUUUUGUGUUUAUUUGUGAAAACCCCCAAGAACUGGUUGUGAAAUUUCCCAUCAAGGGAAAACACAAGAUUUAUAAACUAGAUAACCAUAUAUUACAAGCUGCUAGAAAAGGACUUAGAUGAAGAAAAUUACAUUAGUGUUCAAGGAAAUAGCAGACAGACUGACCUGGUGCAAUGAUUUAUCACAAAGAGACAUAACAUUGUGUUAAGAAUCACAUAACUUGGUACUGUUGACAGAAAAUUAUUUUUCAUUAAAUAUAUUUGAUUUGAUCACACACUAUGAAGUUACUGCAUAGAUACUUCCACCUUUUGAAAGGUCAAGGUCAAAGCAAUAUUACAAGGUCAUUAGAGAGGUAGUGCUUCUCUGUUAUUGAUUCUAUUGUUAUUGCAUGAAUUUUAUAAUGUGAAGAAUAAUAAUAAAUGUUAUUAAGGUUAUGGAUUUAUGUGAUUUUUUUUGAGUCGGCUUGCGAAGCGAGCGAGUCCUUGUUAUCAUAGCCGUUUCUGCGAAAAUUUUGCACUACAUUAUUCAUGUGCUAAUGAAAAUAGUGCAUGCAUUAACCUCUUUUGUUUGCGUGAUUGCCAAUUUGAAAUGGUUAAACAAUCUUAUCUUUUUUUACACCUAUAUUUUUAAAGUUUUUCUUGAUGUUUAAAAAAUAAAACAAAUCAAAGUAG